AGAUAUAAAAUUGCAUUGUAUCAGUAACCAUCGAAUACAUAGUAUAUUUGAAAAAAAAAAAAAAAAAAAAAACAACAACAAUGACAAAAUUUAUAUUGAUAACUUUAUUGUUUAUUGGUGCAACAAUUUGUCUUGCAAAUGCAAGGGAAGUAAAAUGUCCAGAAGGUUCAUUUUAUCGACAAUAUCCACAACUUUGUGAACAAACAUGUGAAAAACCAGAGAUUGUCGAGUGCAAUCCAGCAGAUAAAAACAAUGGUCCAUUUGGUUGUCGUUGUGAUCGCCAACAUGUCAGACAUAACGGAAUAUGUAUCACACCUGACAAAUGUCCAAAACCAUGCAAGUGAAAAAAUGCAUACUAAAUUUAAAAUAACAAAACAAUACAUAUACGUAUUGUUUUAUAAUUAAAUA